CGUAAGUAUAAAAGUUUGAUUGAUCACUAAAUCAAUUCCUUUUUAAUAAGAUUAAACAAACAUAAGUGUGUUGAUAAUUGGGUGUGAUAGUUGGAUAGCACGGUUCACCAUUAUAAUUAUAACCAGCAAGGUGUAGUUGUCUUCGUGCACUUGUGGUGCAUUUAAAAUUUAUUUAUAAAAUGUGUGCAUACAUUACAUAAACUCCCAAACACGGUAUUCUAUUCCAAUAACAGUCAUAUGUUCUCCAUUGUAUCGACUUACUGUUCAAGGAUUAACAUGUGUUAUGUAUAAACUACGCACAGAAAACUUUAUCAUUAAGUGCUGAAUAGAGUUCAGUUUAUGAGAUGGCAUUGAUUUUUCUACAAUCAAUGCUCUAAGUCUUUUUAAAUUAAAUCAAUGCCCGAAAGAAAGAGACGAGGUAAGAGCAGGUCAAUACAUGGCCGACUGCUGUACACAAAGCCCAACUAAUUAAUAAUUGUGUUUUCGAGUGCAAAUAUUACAGUGGUUUGCUGGACAACCGUAAGCUGUUUGGACGAGAACAUCCGUCAACUCUUCAUGUCACGUGAUACUAUGCGUUAUAUACAAUUUUGUUUUAACAUACCGUAUUGCGCUUCAUAUUGAGAACUUAGAUGUACUUCGCAGUUUCUGUUUCACAAGUCAACCAAUUGUGAUAAAUGGCUGUAAAUUAGCUGCACUCCAUGAUACUUUUCUCCCUACAUGUAACAUAAGGCAUUUAUUCAAUGUUCGUUAAACAUCGUUAAAUAGUUUUAUUUCACAGAAAAGAAUAGUUUAUAGGUAUUGAGCAGUGUUAUUGACCCUGUUAUAUCCAUUUGUACGGUAAUGCUGUGGCAUUCGUGUGCAGUUGUCACCAUGUUAUACCAUCACAACUCAACCAUUUUAUGCAAAUUAAAUAGUGUCCGUCCCUAAACCUCUCGUUAUUUCGACCACCGGAGAUAACUUUUGACAACGCGCUCUCGGGGAAGCCAUCAUUUAAUUAUAAAAUAGAUGUAUUUUCGCCAAAGUAUGGCCCAUCUUCGUGUACACUUGCAAGCACUUCAAAAGUGUCCAUUAUCUUUCCCUUGGUAAAGAGAUACAAAGCUGCAUGAUCGAUUCCAAAAGGAUUAUGUAGAUGCGUGUCGAUCUUCUCUUCAAGACUUGGGUUUAAUUCAGAUGCGAAUCCGUCCAACUGAUUAUCUUCCAAGGCAUUAAAAGCAUCAAGACGGAUAAACAGCAACCUUUUAACAACUUUUCUCAUUGACCAUCUGUGAAUAGGAUGUGACCUUGACGUUCUCUGGAUUUGCAAUAAAUUCCGCACCAUUGUGCGCAUCACUGCACCGGUCAUGUAGCAGUUGUGGGUGUAUAUAUAAAAUCAGUGUAUGGAGAUGUCGACGAGAUAAGGCAACCCCCCUGCCGAGUCCCCCAAUACAACUGCGUUGUCGAAAAGAAUACGAUAGGCUUGUUGAUAUAAUAGCACGCAGUGAUUUAUACCUCGCCGUGCCAACUCUCGCUCUCACUCGGAAUUCUAGAUGCGCCUCGGACUUCCCAGCUUCAAUCAAGAUCUAACCGUGAUUAAAUCAAUUUGACUUCAAUGAAAAGUUCUGUGUGCUUGUGUUUUUAGAUAUCUACGGAAAUGGGAGUAGAAAGCAUGGAAGAAAAAAAUGAGGAACACGAGCCCAUGGCGCCGACAGCUUCCAUGGAAACAGUCGCUGUCGUUCGUCAAAUCAAGGUGAUUGCCACAUUGAUUUUGGUGGGCAGUCUACUAUGCAAUAUAUUGUCUAUCGCCACCACCUCUUGGAUCAAAUCCAAGGGUCGCCAGGAAGGGCUUUGGUCGAAUUGUGUGUCCACCAAAGGGGACAUAUACUCUUAUGAGUGUACCGGCAACGACCACAGGGAAUGGUUGGAUGCCUGUAGGAUCCUUGUCUGCAUUGCCCUUGUGAUGACCUUCAUUGGACUCGCCAUGGCAACGUACGGAAUACAGACGGUUAACUUUGGAAUGAAGUACAAGUACUAUAACAUAGCCAUAGUCUUACUAUUUUUAGCUGUGAUCCCGGAAUUGAUUGCUGUAAUCAUAUUCCCCAUUAAAUACAACGAGGAGCUGAAAGGAGAGGAUUGGUUCGUCGGCUGGUCUUACGUGGUGGCCGUCCUGUCCGCGGGUCUAGUCCUUAUCGCCGCAAUAUUUCUGUGUGUUGAUCGAGGAGCUGAUGAGGCCUUGAUCCGAGAAAAGACAUGUUACUAUAACGACGAAUCUAUAGAAGAAACUCUAGAGUAAUCUCUCCAAUGGUGAUUCUGAAGGAGAGUAACAGAUAUCCGUUCGUGGACGGAUCAACGUUCUGGGAGCGUGAACCGUGUGUUCGAAUGAUAUUAUCGAUAAAGUUGGUUUAUUCCUUCCUUUUCCAGAUAUGACGUCAUCGUCACUAUCCGACCUCAGGAAUUAUACAGACGUAUAUCUCUAUGUGUUCCCCAGUACCCGUUCGUACCUUAUUCGUGAACAAAUUCCAUGCUUCCAUCUUUGGUGUUAGAAAACACAACUACACCGACCUACCUGCUGUGUUUAUCCAAUGUUGUAUGAAAUAUGAGCGAUUCAUCCACACGCCGUUAGAGUUACAUUCAAAAGGUGCAUUUUAAAAAUGUAUAUAUACUGAUGGUCAAGGGUCAUUGUGGGAUAUGGAGAAUGGACUCAUUGAAUUACGAACGUGUUAGGAUUUAUGAAGUUUAGGAACUAUAUAUAUAGCUCGUGACCACUACUAUUUGGCUUAUUUUCGUCAAGAAGUACAUUAUAUAUAUAUUCUUUUCAAAAAAACAAAACAAAAAAAAUGAAGGAAAGGUUUCUUGAAAAAAUGUUUUUUGUUUUCUGUUCGUAUAUAUUUUUGUAAUUUUCUAUAUCUUAUAGGGAAAAAUGUUUUAAAAUAAAAAGGUAUAAUUAUA